AUGUCAUGGGCUUAUCAAUUUAUAAUUUAUACUAUUGUCGGAUUAGAGUUGAUGAACGCGAAAAAUGCCCAGUUCGCUUUGAAGCGAAUGUUGGCUCAAACAUUGAAUGCGUUUCACAAGCGAGAAAAUUGUACCAGAGUUGAUGUGCUACUUGAACUGAAUCUCAAAACCGAGAAGUUAUAUUACAACGUUCGAAUAUCUGGAUUACCGAUUGCGUGGUUUUUGAUUGGUUUUAGUGAUCACGGCGAAUUUCAUGGAGCUGACUUUUGCAAGUUUGAUGGUUCCAACCUGUUGGACGGUUACAUUGGAAAUGAUUUGAACAUGGAAAUCGAUAUGCAACAAGACUGUAUUUUAUACGAUACUGACAUGGAAGAAUCAGUCCGCUUCAGCAAAAGAUUAAGAACUUGUGACAUGCGUGACUAUGCCAUUGAGACUGGAACAACACAAUUUUUGAUCGCCAUUGGGAAUGGUGAGCAAGAAUACUUGAGCGAUGGCGGUGUAUCGAAAGAAAUUACCUUCGCUAAUUUGUACGAGUAUGAGUUGGACUUCAGUGACGAAGAUACAAACACUUAUCAAACAUCAAUCACGGCUAAUGAUAGUUAUUUAUUAUUGAGAACAACUGAGAGGAUUCAGUGUUAUAUUCGGUUUGAACAAAUGAUAAUUAUUGCUUUUCAAGAUGCGUUAAUACCAGCUGAAGUCACAACGUAUUGGUGUGCAGUUAAAAAAUUGGAUCCAGUUUUCUUAACAAAAAAGCAUCACAUUACUAAGAUAUGUAAUGAUUUCGAAUGGUUCUACAACGGUGAUUGUAACAGUGCCGAUAAACCUAAGGAAAUGCGCUCAUGUUCGAAAGUGAUUGCCGCAUGGUCAUUUGGAGCUGGAGCAUUAAACUAUCCACCAGAGGCCGGUAUGCCAAUAGGUGGUGAUGAUUACUAUCCAUACUUGAUGGUAGAGAUUCAUUACAAUAAUGUUGAUAAACUGAGCGGAGUGGUUGACAAUUCCGGUUUUACGCUCAGUUAUACGGACGAGUUGAGGACGUACGAUGCAGGCAUAUUGGAACUGGGAUUGAUUUACAGCGAUGCAAACUCAAUACCACCAUAUCAAUACACAUUCCCGAUCAGUGGUUACUGCACUCGUGAUUGCACGGAACAUUUGCCAUCGGAAGGCAUCAAUAUAUUCGCAACCCAAUUACAUGCGCACUUAACAGGACGUAAAUUGUGGACGUCACAUUAUAGAAAUGGCAUUAAAAUUGGUGAGAUCAAUCGCGAGAACCAUUAUUCACCACAUUGGCAACAUAUCAAUAUGCUUAAGGAACCGAUUAAUGUGCUACCGGGAGGAUAUGGUAUUGAAGAUGAGAUGUGUGUUAAUUAUGUGUAUUAUUAUCCUGCAUCUGAAGUUGAGGUUUGCAAAAGUGCGAUCGACAACAGCACUCUGCGCGAAUUCUUCAAAAAAUUGUUAUUUAUUCCAGAACAUCCUCUUCAGAUAAUAAACGCUGCUGGAAAAGGUGUCAGUGACGGAAUGAGCAUAAACAAUAUGUUUAAUGCAGUUGAGUGGUCAUCGCAAACAUAUUCAAGUUUGAAAGAGCUCUAUAAUGUUGGCGAUCUCAACGUGCACUGCUUACAGCAUGAUGGCAAUCCUUUCCCGGUAAGUCUUCACAGGUGUUCAUCCAAUUUCAGUGCAACUCCUUCAUCUCACAUACUUCGUCAUCAAAUGCCGCUGAAUACAGAUUCAUUAGUUGCAUUCUUUAACUAUCCGUAA